AAUUCGGUCUCAAAAGAACCCUCUAAGACUUAGUUUGAAGUUUUAGAAGGCAGGCAUUCUUUAUUGCAGCACUGGAUCCCCGAAGGACCAUUCCACCUAAAAUGCAUACUGAAAGACAAGGGCACACUUAUUAUAUACAAUAAAAGAAAUGAACAUUCGUGUAAUUUCCGAUAAGUACACACCUAUUUCCAGAGAAUGUAAUUAAUAUGUUAAUAUAUUGCACAAGUGUACUAAAAUUUGGGGAAGGGUCCCUGAGAAGCUUCCACAGGUGUCUUCUGGUUUAUCUGCCAUGUCUGGGAGGUACCCAUCAGUUACAAAAUUAUGUCCUUGGGCACAUUCUUGUCUGAGGCCCCUUACAGCAAUUAGCACUAACUGUUUGCAGACAUCAGCUAGCAGGCGGUGGAGGCAGGUGCUGGGUGCUGGCAGAAGCAGGCAGCAGCUAUGCUGUGGCCCCGCUGCUAUGUACUGUGAAUGCCUUCAGCAGGGAUGUAGCUGCUGUCCCUGUGCUCUGCCAGCAACUGGGAGCACCCAAUAUCAGCUUUGCCCGGGCAUGCCUGGCAGAGGGCUCCAGCUGGUGCUCACCACCCUUGUACCUGAGUCCAUGAGCCCAGAGGAGAGUUUCCCCAAAUGCCUCUGGUGCAGGUGUAGUUGGCAGUGUGGGAAGUCCAUGCUGCCAGGCACAUCCAGGGCCCAAACUAUGUGAAAGGUACUCCAGGCAUGAUGGAUGCCUCGCUGGUAGGUGGGAGCUGUGACAGUGUCCAGGGUGUUGCUGCCAUCAUGCAACACCUGGCAGCCCGUUGUAAGGAAUUGAAGGAGUUAAUGCCUCAAGGACAAGCUGUGACCUUUGUGGUUAGUCUAAGGGAUGAACUGUCUGCCUAAGGAAGCGCAGAGUCCAUCGAAGGGUGCACAGCUCCACUCCCUUAUGUUGUAUUGCCAAGUUCUCUAGAUAAGCCUCAAAGCGGUCAGAUUAAACUGAGUAAAACCAUAUGUUCAGGUUAAUGCCUACACUUUAAUUUACGAGCUUGAUAAAUGAUGUAGGCCUUGCUAAUGACUAUACCCUUGAAGAAGGGCUAAAAAAAUUGAUAAGAGGGAAACACCCUGCUCCAGAAGGAGCCAAAGGCAGGAUAAUUACCCAAGAAGCAAAAGCUGGAGGGAAGGUAAAGGUGGCAGGGGGAGGUCAUGACCACCAACUCAGUUGGAUGAUGCACCCCAUACCCCCUCAACACAUGUACAGAACCCACGCUCCACCUUUUCCUCGCCUUUCAUGCAAAUAAGUUUGUGGAGAACCACCUCUCUUUGUCUAGUAUGCAAAUCAGCCAAUAUGAUGAACUUAAGAGGUGACAGAGAACUUUGCUAGGUGUGCACCCACCACCCAAGAUUAUGAGACCUGAGACAACACUGGAACCCAGGGUGGUGAUCUGGAUUCUUUUACUCUCUUUCUCUUCUGUUUCUUUUAUUUCCUUUCUUUUCUUUCUUACAGAUUUUUCAGUAAAAGGCCAUAUCACUUACUGUUCUUUCCAAGUUUAGGUUGUUUCUACUUCAGAUGAAACAUUCCGAUGGGUCAUUUAGUGUUGUUUCACCUUAAUUUAACCUGAGGAUAUCACAAAACCCCUACGAUUCUCUGGGCUACUCAGUCCAGGUCAUAAUACCUGCUCAUGGAUUUUGCAGUGCUUGGAGGUUUCUUGGAGGCCUGGGUCAUUCCCUGCUGAAAUAGAUUUUGUGGGGGAUCAGGGAUGCCUUGAAAAUCUGGGAGGAAAAAUCUCUGGCCAUGUGCAUGGAGAGCUGCUGUAUGAGGUUCUGCCCACUGAUGUUUCUUGCUCUUUCUCCAGCUCCACACUGCUAGCAGGCUGAAACAUCAAACACAUGGGAGGCCUGCCAGUCUGUCACCGGAGAUGAUCCCCAACCAGCUGAGGGUCAGCUCUCUGGGUUCCAGGCAGGAAGAAGAGAUGAUGGAUGGCAGGACUGGCUCUGAGCAGGAUAGAGACCAUGCCACUUCAGGGCAUGGCCAGGGGCUGAAGUCAGAGCCCUGUCUCCAGACCGACUCUCUCUUGCCUUCCCCUAGUGCAUCCCUGAUAUCUCAGCUCCUCAGACACACAAUCGUUGGCAGGAGCCUGGAUCCCACCAUCCUUUUCCCUCCCUCUCAGGCAGUGCCCCUGCCUCAGGACUAUGAGCAUGGUGCAUCUGCUGGAGAAGGAGUGCAAGCCCUGGCUUUUGCCAGGACCUGUGCCCCAGCUCCUGUGCCUUGUGCUAGCAACAGGGACCAGCUCUCUGAUCAGCACCUGUGGGACCAGUUCUCUGACCAGCACCUACAAGCCAAACGGGCCAGAGUGGAGAGCAUCAUCCAAGGCAUGAGCCUUCCACCAACCCCUCAGGCAUUUGGCAAGGGCCUGGAGGCAGCUUUUGGUCACGAGAGGGAGAGGGGUGGUGAGAUGCUUCUAGAGAGCAAGAGGAAGCCGAGGGUGCCCCAGCAGGGCACGAGGGCGGCCAGGAGAGUGGCAGCCAAGGGCUGCCAGCAGCUCAAGGAGCAGCUCUGCUUUUUAGAGCAACAGCUGAGGCAGCUUCAGGAGAAGUUGUCCCAGGUCUGCGACUCUGGGGACGCUGCCCAAACCCAGGAAGGUGCUGAGAAAGUGCAUCCACUGCCUGGAAAGCUUGGAGACAGGUGGGACAAAGACAGCGCUGCUGCCACCAGUGACCCGUGCAAAGCACCUCUCUGGAGGGGUGUCAUGGAGGUGCAUGGGCCAGAGGAGGAUGAGGACAGAGGCGACACAGGUACCCUGCCCUCAGCAGCAAGGGUCCUUUCACAGGCUUUGAAGCACGAGUUGGCUGUGGUGACGUCCUGGGUAGUAGACUCUGUCCUGAAAACUGUCUGGCCAAAGGCAGCCAACCAUCUUCUGCAGCAGCACUGCAGCCUCCCGGUGCCAGGGCCAGAUGCCAGGAGAGAGCAUUUUGCUGCUGGGAAAUGCAGAAAGCCACUUGGUAAGCCAUGUCCCAUGAAAGCACAGGGCUCGCUGGGCUCACUCCAGGCUGAGACUCUGUCAGGAGCUUCAGGGAAGAGCCCAGGCUCUCAUGCUGGCUCAUUCAGUUCAAAGGGGGUCAGAAAACCCUUUCAGGUAUCCAGUGUGGGUUAUUCACUAGGCUUGGCCAACCCCGGCCAGGACAGCCAGUUGCUAAGCCAGCUGCUGGGCUAUGGCCAGCACGGCCUCUGGGGCAGUGUCUCUUGUGGGACCCCCUCUGCUCCAGAGAGAGGUCCUCCAGAGCCCUUUGACUUGCACUGGGGAACUGUCAAACUGAGGUCAUCAGUCGUGAGACAGCAGCAUCAGCAUCCCCUGUCCCUGAGCCCUGCUGACAUGGAGAGCCUGGCACUGCUGCCAGCUGGCAGGGAUGGCUGCAGGGAGCUGCAGGCUGCGAUGGAUGGGGCACCCUUUGCCUCCACCCAUAUACAGGAGACACUGACCCCUGGCCAUCUGAAGAAGGCCAAGCUGAUGUUUUUCUUCACCCGCUACCCCAGCUCCACACUACUGAAGACCUACUUCCUUGAUGUGCAGUUCAGCCGCUGCAUCACCUCCCAGCUCAUCAAGUGGUUCAGCAACUUCCGCGAGUUUUACUACAUCCAGGUGGAGAAGUUUGCCCGGCAGGCCCUGCUGGAGGGCGUUGUGGAUGCUGGUACCCUCCGUGUCUCCCGGGACUCAGAGCUUUUCCGCGCCCUCAACAUGCACUAUAACAAGGGGAACGACUUUGAGGUGCCAGGGCGGUUCCUGGAGGUGGCCAGCCUGACGCUGCGGGAGUUCUUCAGUGCUGUCAGAGCGGGCAAGGACGCCGACCCCUCCUGGAAAAAACCCAUUUACAAAAUCAUUUCCAAACUGGACAGCGACAUCCCGGAAGGAUUCAAAGCCACUGGUUGCUCCCAGGAACUGCUCCACAGCUGAGCCUCUGUGAAAGCAGCCCC